AAAGGGCGGCCGGCAGCUGGGCAAUUGCUUUGCUAGGCUGGGUGUUGAGCCGAGCCGCGGGAAAGGCGCGUGUCGGCUUCUCACUGGCGCAGCCUGCACCGUCGUUGCCGCCUCGCCCCGCCCUGCCCUGGCGUUGUCUCUGGCACUGUGGCGGACUAACCACGGCCCGGGCAUGGGCUGCAAGGGAGACGCGAGCGGUGCGUGUGCCGCGGGUGCGCUGCCGGUGACAGGUGUUUGCUAUAAAAUGGGAGUUCUGGUUGUACUCACUGUUCUGUGGCUGUUCUCCUCAGUAAAGGCCGACUCAAAAGCCAUUACAACCUCUCUUACAGCAAAAUGGUUUUCCACUCCAUUGUUGUUAGAAGCCAGUGAGUUUUUAGCAGAAGACAGUCAAGAGAAAUUUUGGAAUUUUGUAGAAGCCAGUCAAAAUAUUGGAUCAUCAGAUCAUGACGGUACCGAUUAUUCCUACUAUCAUGCAAUACUGGAAGCUGCAUUUCAGUUUCUGUCACCCCUCCAGCAGAAUUUGUUGAAAUUUUGCCUGUCUCUUCGUUCCUACUCAGCUACGAUCCAAGCCUUCCAGCAGAUAGCAGCUGAUGAACCUCCACCAGAAGGAUGUAAUUCGUUUUUUUCAGUGCAUGGAAAGAAGACUUGUGAAUCUGAUACCCUGGAGACUCUUCUACUGACAGCCUCUGAAAGACCCAAACCUUUAUUGUUCAAAGGAGAUCACAGAUACCCCUCAUCUAAUCCUGAAAGCCCUGUGGUGAUUUUCUACUCUGAGAUUGGCUCUGAGGAAUUUUCCAAUUUUCACCGCCAGCUUAUAUCAAAAAGCAAUGCAGGCAAAAUCAAUUAUGUAUUCAGACAUUAUAUAUUUAAUCCCAGGAAGGAGCCUGUUUACCUCUCUGGCUAUGGUGUGGAAUUGGCCAUUAAGAGCACUGAGUACAAGGCCAAGGAUGAUACUCAGGUGAAAGGAACUGAGGUAAACACCACAGUGAUUGGUGAAAAUGAUCCUAUUGAUGAGGUUCAGGGGUUCCUCUUUGGAAAAUUAAGAGAUCUGCACCCUGACCUGGAGGGACAGUUGAAAGAACUCAGAAAGCAUCUUGUAGAGAGCACCAAUGAAAUGGCACCUUUAAAAGUUUGGCAGUUGCAAGAUCUCAGUUUCCAGACUGCUGCUCGAAUCUUGGCUUCUCCUGUUGAGUUGGCUUUGGUUGUUAUGAAGGAUCUUAGUCAGAAUUUUCCUACCAAAGCCAGAGCAAUAACAAAAACAGCUGUGAGCUCAGAACUUAGAACCGAAGUGGAAGAGAAUCAGAAGUAUUUCAAGGGAACUUUAGGAUUACAACCUGGAGAUUCAGCCCUCUUCAUCAAUGGACUUCACAUUGAUUUAGAUACACAGGAUAUAUUCAGUCUGUUUGAUGUGUUGAGGAAUGAAGCUCGGGUAAUGGAGGGUCUGCAUAGAUUGGGAAUAGAAGGCCUUUCUCUGCAUAAUGUUUUGAAGCUGAACAUCCAGCCCUCUGAGGCAGACUAUGCGGUAGACAUCCGGAGUCCUGCUAUUUCAUGGGUCAACAACCUGGAGGUUGAUAGCAGAUAUAAUUCGUGGCCUUCUAGUUUACAAGAGUUGCUUCGACCCACCUUUCCUGGUGUUAUUCGGCAGAUUAGGAAAAACUUACAUAAUAUGGUUUUCAUAGUUGAUCCUGCACAUGAGACCACAGCAGAGUUGAUUAACACAGCUGAGAUGUUCCUUAGUAAUCAUAUACCACUAAGAAUUGGUUUUAUCUUCGUGGUUAAUGACUCUGAAGAUGUUGAUGGGAUGCAAGAUGCUGGAGUGACUGUUCUUAGAGCAUAUAAUUAUGUUGCCCAAGAAGUGGAUGAUUAUCAUGCCUUCCAGACUCUGACACAUAUCUAUAACAAGGUGAGGACUGGAGAAAAAGUGAAAGUUGAACAUGUGGUCAGUGUCCUGGAGAAGAAAUAUCCGUAUGUAGAAGUGAAUAGCAUUUUGGGGAUUGAUUCUGCUUAUGAUCGGAAUCGGAAGGAAGCAAGAAGCUACUAUGAGCAGACUGGAGUUGGACCCCUGCCCGUUGUGCUGUUCAAUGGAAUGCCCUUUGAAAGGGAACAGCUAGACCCUGAUGAGUUAGAAACCAUCACAAUGCAUAAAAUCCUGGAGACCACCACCUUCUUCCAAAGAGCGGUGUACUUGGGUGAACUGCCCCAUGAUCAAGAUGUGGUAGAGUAUAUCAUGAAUCAGCCAAAUGUUGUUCCACGAAUCAAUUCUAGGAUUUUGACAGCUGAACGAGACUACCUGGAUUUAACAGCGAGUAAUAACUUCUUUGUGGAUGAUUAUGCUAGAUUUACUAUCUUGGAUUCCCAAGGCAAGACUGCUGCUGUAGCCAAUAGUAUGAACUAUCUGACAAAGAAAGGAAUGUCCUCCAAGGAAAUUUAUGAUGAUUCUUUUAUUAGGCCAGUAACUUUUUGGAUUGUUGGGGAUUUUGAUAGCCCUUCUGGACGGCAGUUACUGUAUGAUGCCAUCAAACAUCAGAAAUCCACUAACAAUGUUAGAAUAAGCAUGAUCAAUAAUCCUGCCAAAGAGAUAAGCUAUGAGAACACUCAGAUCUCCAGAGCAAUCUGGGCAGCUCUCCAAACUCAGACUUCCAACGCUGCUAAGAACUUCAUCACCAAAAUGACCAAGGAGGGGGCUGCAGAGGCCCUGGCUGCAGGAGCUGACAUUGCGGAGUUCUCUGUUGGGGGAAUGGAUUUCAGUCUUUUUAAAGAGGUCUUUGAGUCUUCCAAAAUGGAUUUCAUUUUGUCUCAUGCCGUGUACUGCAGGGAUGUUCUGAAGCUGAAGAAGGGACAGAGGGCAGUGAUCAGCAAUGGAAGGAUCAUUGGGCCACUGGAGGAUAGUGAGCUCUUUAAUCAAGACGAUUUCCACCUCCUCGAAAACAUCAUCUUAAAAACCUCAGGACAGAAAAUAAAAUCUCAUAUUCAACAGCUUCGAGUAGAAGAAGAUGUGGCAAGCGACUUGGUAAUGAAGGUGGAUGCUCUUCUGUCAGCACAACCAAAAGGAGAUGCAAGAAUCGAGUACCAGUUUUUUGAAGACAGACACAGUGCAAUCAAACUGAGGCCGAAGGAAGGGGAGACAUACUUUGAUGUCGUGGCUGUCGUUGACCCUGUCACCAGAGAAGCACAGAGACUUGCUCCUUUGCUCUUGGUUUUGGCUCAGCUGAUUAACAUGAAUCUGAGAGUAUUCAUGAACUGCCAAUCCAAACUUUCCGACAUGCCUUUAAAAAGCUUUUACCGUUAUGUCUUAGAACCAGAGAUUUCUUUCACCUCAGACAAUAGUUUUGCUAAGGGUCCAAUCGCAAAAUUUUUGGAUAUGCCUCAGUCUCCACUGUUCACUCUGAAUUUGAACACACCUGAGAGCUGGAUGGUAGAAUCUGUCAGAACACCAUAUGAUCUUGAUAAUAUUUAUUUAGAAGAGGUGGACAGUGUAGUGGCUGCUGAGUAUGAGCUGGAGUACCUGUUACUGGAAGGUCAUUGCUACGACAUCACCACAGGCCAACCUCCACGGGGACUGCAGUUUACCUUAGGAACUUCAGCCAACCCGGUCAUUGUGGACACCAUUGUUAUGGCCAAUCUGGGCUACUUUCAGCUGAAAGCCAACCCAGGAGCUUGGAUCCUCAGACUUAGGAAGGGACGCUCUGAAGAUAUUUAUAGAAUUUACAGCCACGAUGGCACCGAUUCUCCACCUGAUGCUGAUGAGGUGGUUAUCGUCCUCAACAACUUCAAAAGCAAAAUUAUUAAAGUGAAGGUUCAGAAGAAGGCAGAUAUGGUGAAUGAAGACUUGCUGAGUGAUGGAACGAGUGAGAAUGAAUCUGGAUUUUGGGAUUCCUUCAAAUGGGGCUUUACAGGAGGACAGAAGACUGAGGAAGUGAAGCAAGAUAAAGAUGACAUAAUUAAUAUUUUCUCCGUUGCAUCUGGUCAUCUCUACGAAAGAUUUCUUCGCAUAAUGAUGCUAUCCGUGCUGAAGAAUACCAAGACUCCUGUGAAAUUCUGGUUCUUGAAGAAUUACUUGUCCCCCACAUUUAAGGAGUUUAUACCUUACAUGGCAAAUGAAUACAAUUUCCAGUAUGAGCUUGUUCAGUACAAAUGGCCCCGGUGGCUUCAUCAACAGACUGAAAAACAGCGUAUCAUCUGGGGUUACAAGAUCCUCUUCCUGGAUGUACUUUUCCCACUGGUUGUUGACAAGUUCCUGUUUGUGGAUGCUGAUCAGAUUGUACGAACAGAUCUGAAAGAGUUAAGAGAUUUCAGUUUGGAUGGUGCUCCUUAUGGUUACACUCCUUUCUGUGACAGCCGAAGAGAAAUGGAUGGCUACAGGUUCUGGAAGUCAGGGUACUGGGCCAGUCAUUUAGCUGGGCGAAAGUAUCAUAUCAGUGCACUAUAUGUUGUGGAUCUGAAGAAGUUUAGGAAAAUAGCUGCUGGUGACAGACUCAGGGGACAGUACCAAGGUCUGAGUCAGGACCCUAACAGCCUUUCAAAUCUUGAUCAAGAUCUGCCCAAUAACAUGAUUCAUCAGGUGCCAAUUAAAUCCCUCCCUCAAGAAUGGCUUUGGUGUGAAACGUGGUGUGAUGACGCCUCUAAGAAAAGGGCAAAAACCAUUGAUUUGUGUAAUAAUCCGAUGACCAAAGAGCCGAAACUGGAAGCAGCUGUGCGGAUUGUCCCGGAGUGGCAGGACUAUGACCAAGAGAUCAAACAGCUACAGAUCCGCUUUCAGAAGGAGAAAGAAACGGGAACACUGUACAAAGAGAAGACAAAAGAACCGAGCCGAGAAGGUCCUCAGAAACGUGAAGAAUUAUGAUCUCUGGAGAAGGACAGGAAAUCACCCCAUUUGAAAAACAGUUUUUAUACUAAAUGCUAGUUUUUUUCUGAUCUGUCUAUACAACUGCUGAUAAACUGGCUGGGCAGGAGUGCCACACCUUUUGAUUCUGAGCAUUUGAUUCUGAUUUCUGCACUCUGGUGGCCGCUGGAUCUUUGGGAUUAAAGCUCUGUUGGAUUUGUACCUCAGAGGAAGACCAAGUGGCUGAUCCUUUGGACUCUGUAAAGAGCAUUCUUCUAGCCAGAGGGUGGAAUGGCAGCAGCAACUGGAAGAAAAUGAGUUUUUUGGUGCCCACACCCAAGAGCACACACAUGCUGCACUGUCUCGGAAAGCAGGGCCAGCUAGAGCCGCCAUGUUCUUCCUUACCUCAGUUUACCUGCAGCCUGCGCUGCACUGCAGAUGCCCACCCUGCCCUGGGUCUGGCCGGCAGAAGCUCUGUCCAAGGUCCACACACCUCCAGGUUUACGCCAACAUCCUUGUGCCCUCCCCACCUUCUCUUCGAACGCAUUAGGUGCAUUGUUUAAUUGAAAUCCAACCAACAAUUGUGUGUCAAGGCUGGUUUGGUGCAGUGGCUGGGCAAAUUAAUUUUGGGCCAGGAUGGGGGUGGGUUGCAGUGAGGGUAGGGAAAAUGUCAGGAGUAGGAAGGUUCAGGGGUUAUAGGAAGGGAAAGAAGACCAGAACUGGCCAUCCUCUUUUAUAAUCCAUUAGUAGCACCAUGGCUCAUUUGAAAUGAAAAUAUUACUCUUAUUCCCCACCCAACUGCAGUGAACUUUCUAGGUAAUUGUUUUGAAAAGAAUUUUUGUAUCUGUGAAAGUCUUUGCUUUUUCUUUCCACCUUCUAGAAAAGUGCUACCAGUUUCCUUACUGGAUACAGCCAUACUCAGCCCCUCUCGUAUCCAGCCUGUCAGGGUCAGGGUCAGGCUCCCUCAAGACGAGCACCGCGUUGUCUGCCCUCUCUUGCGUAGGAUUUUCUCUCACACCCAGGGGACAUUGCCUUGGACUUUUCUCUACAAAUGCCCUCAGAUCUAAGACCAGAAAUGAUUCUGCUUGUGGAACUCGUGGCUUUCUGUCCUAUUUUGCUUUUAUCUGAAAACCCUGCAGGUUGCCUUUGGCGCCCACACCAGUUCUGUCUUCAUGUCGCUGUAUCGUGAAGCCCCAUUUGCCUUUAGUCCCUGCUUUGUGUAUCUUCACUUCCACAGCCAGUGUUGCCCCUCAGGGCAUACUUUGCUGGUCAACAGGUUGUAGAGUCUUGAGUAUGUUAUUGGCCUAAGUGGACAUGAGGCCCCAGCAUCCGACUCCAUCUGCCAGGCUGCAGGGCACAGCAGCACUGGCAUAGACAGUCACGCUCUGUCUUCCAACGUGCACCAGCCUUUUCUUACAUAUUUUGCCUGUUUUUAAAAAAUAUGAGGAGAGGGUGCAGAUGGAUAGCUGUGCCCUCACCCUCCUAAGCCAGGUGAUAUAUUGAUGUGCAGACUUUUUAAGUAAUUUUAGUCUUAUCACAAAUAUCAAGUAAUUUAUUUUUUCCAUUUUCAAAUGCAAAAGUUAGCCUAAGAAGCCUCCCAGUCAUCCCGAAGGACCUUUGACUUUGCUUUUAUAAUUCCGUUAAAAAUUGAGGAGGGGAUUAAUGAGUACAAUGAAAACAAAACAAAACAAAAAAUUAAGGAGAGGAAAGCUCGAAAGAGGGUAAGAGACUGAAAAGGCACCUCAGAAUGGCUGCUGUGGGCAGAGUCUGUGGCAUGACUUUCCCCAUCCUGCCCCUCUGGUCAGAGCAGCUGGAGAGAUGGGAUCAGUAAGAUUAAAAAACUUUUGUUCGGCCAGGCACGGUGGCUCACACCUGUAAUCCCAGCACUUUGGGAGGCUGAGGCGGGAAGAUCAUGAGGUCAGGAGUUCAAGACCAGCCUGCCCAAUAUGGUGAAACCCCGUCUCUACUAAAAAUACAAAAAUUAGCCGGGUGUGGUGGCUCACGCCUCUAUUCCCAGCUACUUGGGAGGCAGAGACAGGAGAAUUGCCUGAACCCAGAAGGCAGAGGUUGCAGUGAGCUGAGAUCGAGCCACUGCACUCCAGCCUGGAUGACAGAGCAAGACUCCAUCUCAGAAAACAAACAAACAACUUUUGUUCAAGCUGCAUCUUCGCAUUGAAUGAAGCAUUCAGAGUGACUGCUGCUGGCCACAACUGUGGGCGGAAGUGUGCCUUUUCCCACUUUCUCGUCCAGGAGGUUGAAGAGGAAAUACUCAAGUCACUGGGAUAUAUGCUUUCCAAAUGCUGGCCCCCACAGCACCUUUCCCCAUGUCUUUCUACCAAGCCUCUUAUGUUUAUUCUGUGCAGGGAAGACGAAGAGUAGACCAUGUUCUCUGUGUGCUGUGCAUGUCCUGGUGUCACUCAUUGCCUCUUAUCUGUCGCCAUUCAAACAUAAGUCAGCUUAAUAGUUGACUCUGAAUAGUGCAAGACCCAGCUUGCUUCCAGAAUGGCCUAGGACCCUCCUCCUCCUGCCAGUUUUUUUUUUUUUUUUUUUUUUUUUUUUUUUUUGGUUCAUGUGGCAUAAUCAUCUUUCAAAAUUAACUGAAUGCCCCAGAAAAUGAUGUUACCACUAAAAUAUUUUCUCCAAGAAGGCAUACUGUAAUGGAAAAGAUAGGUAAGAUAUUUUUUUCCCAAGAAGUAAGAAUUGAUUGUGCUGAAUGUUCAAACUCUGGAAACUGUUCACAGUAUGCUGUUCUUAGCUAUUAUUUAUAUAUAGUGAAUUAUUUUCUCUCUCAGUCAUGCCAUAGUGGAGACUUUUGUUUCUGAAUAAGUGACAGAGUAAUAUGAAAUAAUGUAAUAUGUCAAAGUGACAUGCAGCAUCAUGAGCCUGUUUUUAUGUUCUGUGUACAGUGGCAUUUGAUUGAGAUCAAAGCCUGUCACAGCCUGCUGCUGGGGGUGUGGGGAUGUGCCAGAGUCCUAUGUUUGGUUUUAGAAGUUUACUGAAUGUUUCCCACAUGGAGAAUAAUGGAUGGCAUGUUAGUUUCU